AUGAUCAACACUGCCGGAAACCAGGCAGUAUCGAAGUUUGACAACUCCAUCACUCGUAUCGACCGCGACGUCAAGAAGCUAAACGGUACAAUGGCCGAGCUGCGCCGAGUGAUGGAUGCCCAGAAAGCAGAUCUCCUUUCCGUCAAAACAAGUAUCUCAGAUGUCAAACGAAACAUCUCUGAAGUCCGUGGUCUCACACACCUAGAGAACGCAAUGCAAACAGCAAGUGCUGCUGUGGCAGAAGUGACGAAUCGAACCCAGCUUAUUGAGAGCGAAAACGCUGAGCUUCAGGAAGAGCUUCAAAAUACCAAGAAGCAGCUUAUGACCAUCUUCUCAGAGCUUGCGAGUGCAAAGAAAACCGCAAAAGAUGCCGUCAGUGCGGCCAGGAAGAGUGCCAACGAAGUUACGAACCUGCGAACGGAGUUUGAACAGUUGAAGCAGAGCCUGGAACAAGACCGCUCUAGGGCAUACGAGUCCAAAGGCCACUUGUUUUUGCCGAGCGAACUGGAUAUACUAGCAAGCAACAUCACAAAGAUUGGAAACAGAGCAAGCCUGGUCGAACCAUUGCAAAUGGAGCUUGACCUAUUCAAGAGCAGAGUCCUACGUCUUGAGGCGACCAUGGAACCCUCCACAAGAGAACGCGAUAGACUAUCGGUAAUGGCGGAUGGCACUCGCAGCCAGUCAGCAGUACCCGUGGAACGCCAAAUCCGAUCGAACAACGAUGGCGAUGGUCAUGGGAGUUCUUCGCAGCCUCGCAGUAGGAAGAGGAAGGCCCCUUCUGACCGGUUACCAGAUUGUCAGGGGAAUGUUACCGCUCCCAAACUGACCAAGUCAGGUGCCAUUGACAAGAGGACCAUCAAAAGACAGGAGAAAAAUCAUCCCACCAGUCAAGACAACCCGGAAGAGAUGCCGGGAAUCGCUACGCCAAAUUCCAAGCGUCGCUGA